UCCCGUCAAAAGAGUAAUUUAAAGUCACAAUUCCUUUAUUCAAUCCAACCAUACCUUUCUUCUCUCCAAUUCCUUCAGAGUAGCAAAAAGAGAGAAGAUUCUGAUCUGAUUCAUAAAAAAAGAAAGAAGAAAAAUCAUUUAAAUUUUGUUACCCAUCAUCUCUCACUUGACUUUCUCGAUUUCCGCCUCGCUUUCUUCUUCAUUUCAAUCAAUUUGUUGUACCAACUCCCUUCAAAAAUGAAAAAAAAAAACCCCUUUAGACUUGGCUUGAUUUCUACAAACAUAAUCAUUUUAUAAGACUUGAAACGCAAAAAGUGCAGUUGAUUUUCGUGCUUCGUCAAAUCCCUUUUUCAUGGAUCUGUCUUAAGGCUUAGGUUUUCCAGCACAGAUAAGGGUUCUUGUUCAAUGUUCAGUGAAGCAAAAAUGACCUCUGAAAAAUCCAGUUCCAAAGGCCAAGCAUGGUUUUGCACUACAGGAUUAUCAAGUGAUGUUAAAAUCGAAGUAGAUGACAUGACUUUCCAUCUGCACAAGUUUCCACUGAUGUCAAAAAGUAGAAAGCUUCACGAACUUAUAACAGAACAAGAGAAGAACCCAACAAGUAGAAUCACUAGAAUCCAAACCGCCUCUGAAUCAAAGCAGGGCAGUGAAAAGGACCAUGAGGAGAAAGAAAUCCAUGAAGAAGACGAAGAAGAGGAGUUUCUUAUCAUACUCCCGGAUUUUCCGGGCGGUUCUGAAUCUUUCGAGACCGCCGCGAAAUUCUGUUACGGUGUAAAAACAGAUGUUUCUGCCUCCAACGUGGCUGCCCUCCGCUGCGCCGGAGAAUACUUGGAAAUGACUGAAGAGUACUCUGAAGAGAACCUCAUUUCCAAGACAGAGAGGUUUCUUACUCACUCAGUACUUAAAAAUAUCAAAAACUGUAUCAAAACUUUAACCUCCUGUGAAGGUCUUCUGCCUUUGGCAGAAAACCUAGGCAUUGUCCAGAGAUGUAUUGAUACAAUUGCUUCCAAAGCUGCAUCUUCAGAUCCGUCAUUGUUUGGAUGGCCAGUGAAUGACGGAGCUGGAAACAGCAAAGUUGGGGUCGAGAAUGAAAGGAGAAAAGUUGCUACGAGAGGAGGAAAUGGAAUGGAUUCAUGGUUAAAUGAGCUUGGACUAUUGAGUUUGCCAUUCUUCAAAAGAUUGAUUUUCGCCAUGAAAGCUCUAAAUCUAAGGGGGGAGAUCAUAGAGAGCUGUUUGAUUUACUAUGCCAAGAAGUACAUUCCUGGUAUUUCGCGUACAAGCCGGAAGCCAUCGUCUUCUAAUGUACCCUCAGAGAAUGACCAAAGAGAGCUCCUGGAAACUGUAAUUGCUAAUCUACCUGUAGAGAAAAGUUCGAAUUCAACUUCAAAUUCGACCAGAUUUUUAUUCGGAUUAUUACGAACAGCGAAUAUAUUGAAUGCUGCAGAAGCUUGUAGGGCAGCGCUGGAGAAGAAAAUUGGAUCACAAUUAGAGCAAGCAACUUUAGACGAUCUGCUCAUUCCGAGCUAUUCGUAUUUGAACGAAACAUUAUACGAUGUUGAUUGUGUGGAAAGAAUUUUGAGAUAUUUUCUUGAAGAUUUAGAGGACAGAUCUGCAAAUAGAAUUGAAGGCGAAGAAAGAUCCACGGCAUUGAUGUUAGUUGGAAAAUUAAUCGACGGUUACUUAUCGGAAAUCGCAUCUGAUGCUAAUUUGAAGCAAGAAAAAUUCUUCGAUUUUGCCAUUGCUUUGCCUAACCAUGCCAGACUCUUCGAUGACGGCCUUUAUCGCGCCGUUGAUGUUUAUCUCAAGGCACAUCCAUGGAUACCAGAGGCAGAUAGAGAAAAGAUUUGCGGAGUUUUGGAUUGCCAGAAGCUAACAUUAGAGGCUUGUACUCACGCCGCCCAAAACGAGCGGCUUCCACUUAGAGCGGUGGUUCAGGUACUUUUUUUCGAACAGCUUCAGCUCCGGCACGCCAUCACCGGUGGUUUGCUGGAGGCUGAAGCCGGGCUAACGGAAGCGGAAACCGGAGAUGGAGAAGAAGAGGAAGGGGUUGUAGUGGCACGCGCCCAAGAGGGGGGCAGCACGUGGAGGGUGGCCGUCAGGGAGAAUCAGGUGCUGCGUCUCGACAUGGAUAGCAUGCGGACGCGGGUGAACGAAUUGGAGAGGGAGUGCUCCACCAUGAAGAAGGCUAUUGACAAAAUUGACAGAAUGGAUCCUAGUGAUCACGUGGAGAGAGGUGGUUGGAGGACUUCUCUGACACGGAAGUUCGGGUGCAAAUUCAAGACCCAAGUGUGUGACUCCCAUGAGCCGGCGGUGAAUGAGGCCAGAAAAGGCCGCAGCCACCGCCACCGUCCAUAGACCCAAAAUUUCUCCGGUAUUCGUUUUUUUGUUGUGUGAAUACUUCAUUAUGGAAUUUUUUUUUCCUGGUUUUUAAUUGAAUAUUUCAUUUAUGAAGCUUAUUUGAGAUAUUUUAUUUCUUU